GCGGCUUCAGCCCUGCUGGCGCUUCUGCUCACCCGGCUUCCCCUCGCUGGGCAUGUGCAGUGGCCAAAGCCAUCUCCUCUCCAGGUGUCUAAUGAAACUUUCAAGUCACUGUGCUGGGAGCUGUGCAGGAGACAGAGGUGCCCAAGAGAUGGGCCCAGCUCUCACGGACCUUUCAGUGAAGCAUGGAAAAUAGGAGUCGUGCCCCAAUCAUCAAAGGGAGAAACCCACUAGGAAGGCUUCCAAAAGGAGAACUCUGAGCUCUAGUGAAAAGCAUCAGAAAUUAGUAGAUGUAAACUAUUGCAAAAAAUUGCAUGUCGGGGCACUACAAAGGCUACAAGAAUCAAAGAAUCAAAUCAAGGACCAAAUGGUGCAGAAUGAGAAUGAUGACCGGGCUGAGCGCAAAAGGUUCCUCAGAUUGUUACAGAAUGAACAAUUUGAGUUGGAUAUGGAAGAGGCCAUUCAAAAGGCAGAAGAAAACAAAAGAUUGAGGGAGCUCCAGCUUGAACAAGAAGAAAAAUUGGCUAUGGAAUUGGCAAAACUUAAACAUGAAAGUCUAAAGGAUGAGAAGAUGAGGCAACAAGUAAGAGAAAACAGUAUUGAGCUCAGAGAAUUGGAGAAGAAAUUAAAAGAAGCUUACAUGAAUAAAGAAAGAGCAGCUCAGAUUGCUGAAAAGGAUGCCGUUAAAUAUGAGCAAAUGAAACGUGAUGCUGAAAUAGCCAAAACUAUGAUGGAAGAACACGAGAGAUUAAUAAAGGAAGAGAAUGCUGCAGAGGAAAAACGAAACAAAGUAAAAGCACAGUACAAUCAUGACUUAGAGAAACAACUUGAAGAACAAGGAAAGAAGAAGCAGGAAGCUUAUGAGCAACUGCUGAAAGAGAAACUCAUGAUUGAUGAAAUUGUUAGGAAAAUCUAUGAAGAAGAUCAAUUGGAAAGACAACAAAAGUUAGAAAAAAUGAAUACAAAUCGAAGGUAUAUAGAAGAGUUUAAGAAAGAGCAGGCUCUCUGGAGAAAAAAGAAACAUGAGGAAAUGGAAGAAGAAAACAGAAAAAUCAUAGAGUUUGCCAAGAUGCAGCAACAAAGAGAAGAAGAUUGGAUGGCAGAAGUUCAAGAAAGUGAAGAAAAAAGGCUACAGCUUCAGAAUAUGCUGACGCAGAGAUUGGAAGAAGUGCUGCGGCAACGUGAAGAUUUAGAACAAUUGCGACAGGAAUUAUACCAGGAAGAACAAGCAGAAAUACAUAAGAAGAAACUAAAAGAAGAAGCAGAAGAGAAAUCGAGAAAGCAAAAGGAGUUGAAGCAAAAUUUUAUGGAACAAAUGGCCUUGAAGGAACUAGUACUUCAGGCUGCAAAAGAGGAAGAGGAGAUCUUUAGAAAAGCUAUGCUGGAGAAGUUUGCUGAGGAUGAUCGAAUAGAAUUAGUGAAUGCUCAGAAGCAAAGAAUGAAGCAACUAGAACACAAGAGGGCUGUGGAAAAACUUAUUGAAGAGCGUCGCAACCAGUUCCUUGCAGACAAACAACGUGAACUGGAGGAAUGGCAGUUGCAGCAAAGAAGGCAAGGAUGUAUUAAUGAAAUUAUUGAAGAAGAAAGACUAAAACUUCUCAAAGAACAUGCUACACAGUUACUAGGAUAUCUCCCUAAAGGAGUAUUCAAAAAAGAGGAUGAUAUUGAUAUGCUUGGUGAAGAGUUUAGAAAAGCGUAUAAGAAAAGGAGUGAAAUUUGUGAAGAGAAGUGAUAUCAUCAAAAUUUGGUAAACCUGGAUUCUUUUGUAUGUUACCACUAGAUGUCAUUGUAACUUCUGUUUUACAGUUCGGUGAGGGUAGGAAUCCAUUGUCUGGAUUUUCUAAAACAUCUCUAUUUCAUCAUUUAUAAACAAUUAUUUAUAAGAAAACAUUUGUUUUUGAUAAAAAAAAAUUACUGCAUAUUUUUUCACUGCAAAAUUAAUGGCAAAGUUAAUUGCUUUUAAUCAAACUAUUGUUUUUAUACUAAUAAUUUGAAGAUCUGAAUUCUACACCACACUCCAUAUAGAGAAAUAUAUAUAUAUAUAAAAUCCAACAACCCAGGAGACUAACCUCUCCAUACCACUUCUAUCUAUGUUGGUGUGUUGGAAGUUUACUUCCCUUAUUUGGCCAGGGAAAACUUUACUUUUCUUUUCUCACAGUAGACAGGAAAAGAGUGAGGAAUUUCAACGUGCUUUACUAGCGAAUGCACUUCUCAGUAAGAACACAGAAACAGUUUCUCUCAUAUAAACAUCAUUUACAACCUAGAGUUACAGCUCUAGAACAUAAAAUAGUUUCUAUUCAAAUGCAGUUGAAAAAGGGCUAGAUGGUCAUAAGAAAGAUAACAAUCAAAAGUUAAGUUCCUAUUGCUUUAUUAUAAAAUAUUUCCAUUUUGUAAUAAUUAGAUAUCAAUUUUACAUCCCCAGAUCUACACAGGGAAUUUGGAAUUAUUUUGAUUUAUCAAGUAUCUUCAUUUCUUAGAGUAAAAAUAAUUCAAACCAUUACAACUUAAGUUAAAUAAAGGGUAUAUCCACCAUGCACUAUAGGUUAAGAAGUAGAUCACUUAUUAAUUUCCCCAUUCGAGUGCCUUCAUAAAUUCCUCUUCAGUGAAAGACAACAUCUUGGCAGCUUCAAUAUGCAUCUGUGUUUAAAAACAAAUAUUGUCUAAUUUAGUGUUGAGUAGACCACAGAACAACAGGAAAUUUAUAAAAGUGUGUAUAAUAUGCUAUCAAAUUAAGUUUUGUUUUAGGAAUGUGUAAUUCUAAUUACAAUGAAUGUGACAUUUGAAAUGGUCAGCCUCUAAAAACCUUCAUUCACUGCUGGUAUUGUACCAACCUGUUAAGAGAACAAUUCAAUAAUAUUGUAAUAUCUAACCUUUGCAAAAAGGGACAGUGGCAAAGCCAUGAAUUCAUAUUCUCUUACCACUAGGUAACUCGUGUAGUGAACAGGACAAAAGUGGGUUGGAAUCAGUUUUCACUCUUCAAGAGGCAAACGGAUCCCCUAAGUUAUUUUUAUAUAUGGUACUUUCUUUAGUUAGGGAGUAUCCAUAUUGUAUUUACUAGUCCUAUUUCCACAUUUCUAAUUUACUUGCAUUGAUGUAUAGAUAAAAUUUUGUGACUAAGCAUGUCAAAAUAAACAUAUCUAAAGUAGAAAUACUAAAUAUCUUAGUAGAAAGAGCCAAAUAAUAUCUAUGAUUUAUUUUAACUGUUAUUUAGGAUAAACUCACCUUCUGCCUUUUUAAAACAUCAAU